AUGAGUUGCAUCGUUUGGAACUAUAGGGGGCUUGAGAACCAACUAGCAGUUCAAGAACUUGCGGAGGUAGUGACUGCAAAAGCUCCCACUGUCGUGUUCUUAGCCAAAACACUGGCAGAUGAAGCUAGGCUUGAUUUCGUAAAAGAUCGGAUCCGUUUUGACAAAAAGUUUGUUGUUCUGAGGGUUAAUAGAGGUGGAGGUUUGGUCCUCUAUUGGAAGAAUGACUUGUUAAUUGAUGUUGUUUCUUCUUCUUUGAAUCAUAUAGACGUAAUCAUCAACAAGGAUACAAAGGCAGCAUGGCGUUUUACCGGCUUGAAAACUCACAAACGGCAGGAAUCAUGGGAGUUGCUUCGCAAUCUCCAUAGCCAAAACUCACUGCCUUGGCUGUGCGCCGGGGAUUUCAAUGAGAUUCUAAAGCAGAGUGAGAAGCUAGGGGGGCGGACUAGACCACCAGGACAGAUACAACUCUUCCGAGACACACUAGAUGAAUGUGGACUGAUGGACAUUGGCUUCAAGGGCUCUCCCUUUACAUGGAGUAAACAUUGCAACAACAGAAUUUCAAUAUGGGAGAGGUUAGAUAGAGCUGUGGUCUCUUAUCAAUGGUUCUCCAAACAUCCAGGUACUCAAGUUCAUCAUAUUGACAGCACAACUUCAGACCAUAAAAUUCUUAGGAUUGAGCAGUCGGUUUUGGAUUGCUCACCGAGGAAGAAGCUCUUCCGAUUCGAGGAAAUGUGGCUAGGUGAUAAGGGGUGUGGCGAAACUGUGGAAGGGGUAUGGCAGAUUAACUAUGAAGAGGAAGGAAAUACUAGGGUGAUCCGAAAGGUUGAGAAAUGUGGGACGGCACUGACCAAUUGGAGCAAGGACAGUUUCGGCAAUGUAGUUACAGCUGAAAUGAAUGAUAGUUUGACUGAAAACUUUCAACCUUGGGAAGUUGAGUUGGCUUUGAAGCAAAUGGCACCACUUAAAGCACCUGGACCGGACGGGAUGCUGCCACUAUUUUAUCAGAAUUUUUGGGAUUUGGUAAGAGGUGAUGUAAUCCAUGAUGUGCUUGGUUUUUUGAAUUCAGGUUCCCUUCCUAACUCUCUAAACCAUACAUUCAUCACUUUAAUUCCUAAAAUUAAGAAUCCAGAGUUUGUUACUCAGUACAGACCUAUUAGCUUGUGUAACGUGCUUUAUAAGAUUUUUUCAAAAGUUCUUGCCAACAGGUUGAAAAGAGUCCUCCCCAACAUUAGCUCAGAACAUCAAAGCGCUUUUCUCAAAGGGCGCCUGAUUACAGAUAAUAUCCUAGUAGCCUUCGAAACUUUGCAUUAUAUGAAGAAUCACAACUCCGGAAGCUCAGGGUACACGGUACUCAAACUUGAUAUGAGCAAAGCAUAUGACCGAAUGGAGUGGUCUUUCCUGAAGGUGGUGAUGUCUCAGAUGGGGUUUAAUGAUUGGUGGAUAGAUUUGGUCAUGGAGUGUAUCACCUCAGUCACAUACUCAAUCUUGAUUAAUGGAGAACCUAAUGGCGAUAUCAGGCCAAGUAGGGGUAUUCGCCAAGGUGAUCCCCUAUCACUCUACUUAUUUCUGCUUUGCUCGGAAAGACUACAUCGAUUGAUCCAACAAGCAAUAGAGAAGGGUGACAUUCAGGGGGUAUCUAUCUGUCGUAAUGGGCCUAAAUUAACUCACCUGUUCUUUGCAGACGAUAGCCUCUUGUUUUGCAGGGCUACCACCCAGGAGUGUGAAAAGGUGAUGGAUAUUCUUUCCUCUUAUGAAAAGGUGUCGGGGAAAAAAUUGAAUAGAGACAAAACUGCACUCUUUUUUAGCAAGUCUACCCCUACCGAAACACAGCGACAAAUAAUGGAAACUCUUGGAGUUAAUGAGUUGAAGCAAUAUGAAGAUUACCUGGGAUUGCCGGCCUUGGUAGGGAGAAAUAAAAGAGCUAGUUUUGACCAAUUGAAGCAAAGGAUUUGGAAGAGAUUACAAGGAUGGGAGGGUAAGCUCUUAUCACAAGCUGGAAGGGAAGAGACUUCAAAUGUGGAGGCGCUUAUAAAUCCGGUAACUAAAAGGUGGAGAACUGAGAUCAUUGACCAUGUUUUCAAUGAGCAAGAAGCUGAAACCAUCAAAAAUAUUCCCCUGUGUUCCACAAACCAAACGGAUGUGCUAGUUUGGCCUUUUACACCAUCCGGCAACUACUCGGUCAAGUCAGGCUACAGGUUUCUUUCUGAGAAUUCUACACAACCUCAGAGAACAGAGAAAGACUCUGGUUUGUGGAAGAAAAUCUGGAGUUUGGAGGUAAUGUGGAACGCAGACCCUCAAUGGCGUUGGCUUUCGGAGAUGACAGGAAGAAGCGUAAAAGACAUCUUCACACGAGCCUUUGAAGAGGAGAUGGAUGUGGCGCUGAUGGCCUUCACGAGCUGGGCAGUGUGGAACAGACGAAACCAGGUCCGACUCAAUGAAACAGCAUGUCCUCUUGAGCAGAUACAUGCCUUAUCCAAAGACAAGAAGAACGAGUUUCAACUCCUCCAUUAA